CAGUUUUCAUGCCUUACUUUUACUACGCCCCUGUGGUGUCAAAUUUUGAACAUCUUUUAGGAGUUCUUUGUUUCGGGCAUAAAUUCCAAACAUCCGAAAAUCUCUAGAUACAAUUGACCAAAAUUCCAUCAUCAGCACCAUUGAACCCAAAGAAUUAUGUCAAAAUUUUCAACAGCCUCUAGUCGCCAGCUGAGUACUCGAAACUCGGACAUUGAUGCUCUGGCACAGCGGGGCUACAACAUUGGCCAUAAAAUUGGAGAAGGUUCCUAUGCCACGGUAAUAACGGCUGGCUAUGCAGAUAGCACGGGACAGGGCUUGCACUUGGCGUGCAAGAUAAUCGACAAGGGAAAGGCGCCUUCAGACUUUGUGCAUAAAUUCUUUCCACGCGAAUUGGAAAUUCUAACGAAAAUUGACCAUCCAAACAUUAUUCAAAUCCAUAGUAUUCUACAACGUGGUUCGAAAAUUUUCAUCUUCAUGCGGUAUGCUGAGAACGGUGAUUUGUUGAGCUACAUCAAGAAGUCAGGUCCCGUGGAGGAACUGCAAGCCAAGGCCUGGUUUAUGCAGAUGGCAAAAGCUGUCAAGUAUUUGCACUCUCACGACAUUGCCCAUCGAGACCUCAAAUGUGAGAAUAUUCUGCUGUCGAAGCGUCUCAAUGUAAAGUUAGCUGACUUUGGGUUUGCUCGGUAUUGUCGUGACGAGAAUGGUCGUGAUAUAAAAUCGGAAACCUAUUGUGGCUCGGCAGCCUAUGCAGCGCCCGAAGUUGUCUCUGGUCGUCCCUACGAUCCCAAGUUGGCCGAUGCAUGGUCCCUAGGGGUUAUUCUCUUUAUAAUGCUGAAUGCGAAAAUGCCAUUUGAUGAUCACAAUCUCACCAAGCUACUCGAAGACCAGCGCAAUAAAAAAUACACAUUUCGUCGUAAGCUGCAAGAUCAAAUCUCAGCGCAGGCUAAGGCUACAGUGGCAGUUCUAUUGGAGCCAGAGCCCCAGGCUCGUUGGGACUUGCGUGAAAUUCUCAAUUGUAGUUGGGUUCGCAACGACGAAGAGGAGGAUACUCUAAGGACUUAGUUAUUCUUUACCGAAUGAAACUAAACAAAAAUAAUUCAUUGAUUAAAUAAAACUUUCCUUUUCAUUUAA